GUUAGUUAUAAAAGACAGGGAAUGCGUAGCCAAUCAGAGCCUAGUAUAGAAUGGGCGUAGGCGCGAAGUUUGGAGGACCGGCCGGAGGCGCGAAGCCGUUGCUGUGUGAGAGCGAUGGCGGCUGGGCCUGGAGCGCGGCGCCGGAGCAGCGCAGUCGGCGCCGUGCUGCGGCUGGGGCUCCUUGGGGCUGUGCUGGGGACUGCCCGGACUGCGGUGUAUUUCCGGGAGCAGUUUCUGGACGGAGCAGGUGGUUGGCAGAAGCGCUGGGUGAGCUCUGAGUCCAGGCCAGACCUCGGAACGUUUCAGCUCUCUGCUGGGAAGUUCUACGGGGAUCCUGUGAGAGACAGAGGUCUACAAACAAGUGAAAACUCCAAGUUUUAUGCAAUCUCCUCACGAUUUAAACCGUUUAGUAACAAAGGGAAGACUCUGGUCAUUCAGUAUACUGUAAAACAUGAGCAGAAGAUAGAUUGUGGUGGGGGAUAUGUAAAGAUUUUUUCCUCGGACUUGGAUCAGAAGAACCUGAGUGGAGCUUCCCCUUACUACAUCAUGUUUGGGCCAGAUAUUUGUGGAUCUGAGACAAAGAAAGUCCAUGUUAUUUUAAAUUACAAGAAUAAACUUCAUCCAAUCAAGAAACCGAUCAGAUGUAAGGUUGAUGGAUAUACACAUCUGUAUACUUUAAUCAUAAGGCCAGACCAGACUUAUGAAGUAAAAAUUGAUAACGAAGUGGCUGCUUUGGGCAACUUAGAGGACGAUUUGGAUUUCUUGCCACCAAGGAAAAUUAAUGAUCCAGCAGUGAAGAAACCCAGUGAUUGGGACGAUCGAGCCCACAUCGAUGAUCCAAAUGACAUCAAACCUGAGGAUUGGGAUGAACCUGAGUACAUUAUGGAUACUAGUGAUGAGAAACCAGAAGACUGGGAUCAUGCUGUGCAUGGAGAGUGGAGUUAUCCUAUGGUCAAGAAUCCUCUAUACAAAGGAGAGUGGAAGCCAAGGCAGAUUGAUAACCCAGACUAUAGGGGCGUUUGGCCCCAUCCACAGAUCGACAAUCCGCAUUACUCACCUGACUGCAAUAUCUACAGCUAUGAAAACAUUGGCGCCAUCGGACUGGAUAUCUGGCAGGUGAGAGCUGGCACAAUUUUUGACAAUUUCUUGAUAACAGAUGAUGAGGACUAUGCAGAAGACUUUGGAGAUGAAACGUGGGGAGAAACAAAGGAUCCUGAAAAGGAAAUGAACAUAAGGCAGGCUGAAGAGGAGCAGCACAGACAAAGGGUCAUGGAAGAAGAAAACUUUGAGCAAUGGUUUAAGAAAAAACGAGAGGGAAAAAGCGAAUCUCAGAAAGAUAGAAUAAUGAAGAGUCCUGUUGAGAAAGAGGAGUUGUAAUCGUUUGAAAGAUGCUCACAUCGCUCUGUAAGGACUUUGAUAUUUUGUUGAAGUCUGCAUUGAAGCUGUAUUAACAGGAUGUUUUUAGUGGUAAUCUUAAAUUUGUGAACUCUUUCAGUUACUUUUUAGAAAAAUAGAGUUAUUAAAUUAGCUACUAAACAGGGUAACUUUUAUUAAAUAUAUUUUAGCUGUGCUAAGAUACCCAUUUUGUUUUGAUGUUUUGAGACUUUUUGAUGAUUUAAUAUGAAAUGUAAAUUCAUGCUGAUACCAAAAUAAGCUUUGUUUCAUUAAAGGCUUCAGCAUGUCAGAUACGUGAAGCAUUCUCACAACCUACUUCAAACUAAAGAGAUAAGCUUUGCCAAGCCUCUCUAGUAAUUACAUCUUCUAUGCGUAGCUUUUUCCUUUCCGCUCUUGUUUGUAAUGCUAUAAAUUUGGUUCAAUCUGAAGCCAGACUUUGAGCCCAUCACUUUUCAUUACCUCUCCAAAUCUCUAUGCAGUAAGGAGGGUAUGGAAGGAGUGGUGCAGGCCUUGUCUCAGCUGCGGCGCUGUGACCAAACUAAGGUCAAAUUCCUGCACUGAUCCCUGUCCUCUGUCCUUUAAGACAACUUAAAUGGCCCUUCGGGGUGCAGAACUUUGACAGCUACUGGAAAACAGCAGGGUGUCAUCCUUGACCUUUUUGCUAAACAAAUCCCUCUUACUGUAGUUUUUAUGUGACCUUGCAUUCGUUCAGGCUGCUUCCUGCUCUCUGUGAGCGCAGGCACCAGCUGUUAGCGUUGUUCUUCACACUGAACGUUUGAUCGGAGCCCCGAGGCAGCUUAAUGGGGUGGAAGUUUUGUUUCGACGAGGUUUUGUGCAACACAAUCGAAAGUGAACUCGGACGUGGCUCCUGCAGCUCAGCGCUCCGUCAGAGCCUCGCCUCGCUUCCCGGCGCUCCGCUCCCGGCCCCGCUUUGCCCGUCACCCCACGGCGUGAAGCUGCGACGGCUCCCGUGGCUGCUCUCCUCCGGCCGGGGCCAGGGCCCAGAC